AAUCUCACAUUGCAGUUUGCGGAAGCGGACUAGCGAAGGGAAGUCUGCGUGCUCUUGGUUUUCUCCUCCCCCCCACGCACAUCCUCUUCCAACUCGAUUCCCUCCCGCUUCUGCAGGGGUCCCCUUCGGCGAGCGGCUGAGGAGUGAGGACCUCCGCAUCCUCUCGCUCCCAGGCCCGCCGUGCUGCCGUUGCUCCGGCGGCUGCUGCUGUGCAGCCUACCGCCGCCGCCGGCGCAUUUCCUUGCAGUUACUGGCCUACCGCCCUGCGUCGUCGCUGACUCGCCAGCCGGUGGUCGCCCUGCGGCCCUGCUCGCGGCUCCUGCACGGUGCGGCUGCGCCCUAGCCCCCUGCCGUCCAUUGCAACGCCGCCGCAGCCCGGGUCCGAGUGCUGCCUGACACAGGGCAAUCAGAGUAGGAACAUCCAACAAAAAAUUCCUUGAGCUGCCACUUUGGCGCUACCUUCCAUGGAGAUGGAGAGCUGGCCUGCCCUCCAGCCGAUGUUAUGCCUCGCCUGGCUCGCCGCCACACUCCCCAUCAUCACCGCCGCACUGCCAAUCCCUGCAGCUGCCGGCGGCCACCUUCUUCACCGGCUUCUCUCAGCUUUCUCAUCCCGUGGCAAGACCGUGAGGGCCUCCUCUGCCUCGUCCUCCACUUCCAAGGCGAAGUUCACUGUUCCACAAAAAUACUUUAUGCAUUUUUAUGUGGUUGGAGUGGUGGCGACAACAACUUUGCUUCUGGCAAUAUGGUUCUAUGCUUAUAUGAAAAUGACACCAUUAGUGCCUGAGUCAUCAAAUUACUCCACAAUUGCUAGCCAUCUUGUAGGCUCAAAUUCAUUCUCUUUUGGUCGUGUUCGUUCGCGCACCAUGGGACACAAGUAUCGUGUUUGGCGAACAGUAUUUGUACUCCUAUUGAUGGAAAUUCAGGUUCUGAGACGGCUAUAUGAGACUGAACAUGUGUUCCACUACAGCCCAUCGGCUCGGAUGCACAUUGUAGGAUAUUUGACGGGUCUAUUCUACUAUGUGGCUGCACCAUUGUCUCUGGCUAGUUCUUGUAUUCCUGAAGCAGCAGAGUAUCUUCAAGGUCAAGUAGCUGAGUUCAUAGUAAAGGGUCGUGCGCGAAUGCCAGAUCUAGUAAUUGAUUCAUCAUCUCUACUACUACCCCUUCUAAAGUUGGGGUGGAGUCAGUGGAUAGGUGCUGUUAUAUUCAUUUGGGGUUCCCUCCAUCAGAUCCAUUGCCAUGCGAUUCUUGGAUCGUUGCGUGAACACAAAGAUUCUGAUGAAUAUGUAAUUCCCUGCGGUGACUGGUUUAAUAGGGUCUCUUGCCCUCAUUACCUUGCUGAACUAGUUAUUUAUUUUGGCAUGUUGGUUGCUAGUGGUGGAGAAGACAUUCCGGUGUGGUUCCUGUUCAUAUUUGUGAUAACAAACCUGUCAUUCGCAGCAGUAGAAACUCACAAGUGGUAUCUUCAAAAGUUUGAAGACUAUCCUCGCUCUCGCUAUGCUAUCAUUCCAUUUGUAUGCUAGUGACUACAGAAUGGCUACAUUACCUAAAGCAUUCUUUGUACACAAUUACAACAUGUAACUUAUCGUGAUGUAAAUGUGAUUACUACUCCCUCCAUCCCAAAAUAAACCAAUUUUUUGGGAAUGGAUGUAGACACCCAAUUGUCUAUAUCCAUAUCCAGAAGUUGACUUUUUUUUGGAACGGAUGAGUAUUAUGCUACCGUAGAGGUUGGAAGUGUUGUACUGUUUAGCCUAAACAACCAUAUCCACGCGGAAUGUAUUUGGAACACUUCAUGUUGUGUUAUGGUACACACUUGGAUAUUUAACUGGAACUUUGUCAAGCUGUGACAACCAAGGCAAUGUCAGUUCCUGAUUCCUGACUUAAAAUAUUGCACUAAUAUAUUUGCGUUAC